GGCCCAGGCAGGCAGCAGGUCUGAGGGGCAAGCGAGCAGCACGUGGGAAACCACGGCAGCCGCGUCCCAACCCUGCAGCGCGCUGCGAGUCCCAGCUCCAGGCUCCUGCUUUAAGACCAAGGCGCGCCCGGCCUUGCCGCGGGGAGGGGCGGGCGUCAGCGCCGCAGCCAGGCUAGGGGGACGCUCCGGCUCCGCAGCCCCGACGCCGCCGGCUGCCCUUCCAAUGCCCAGGGCUGCCGGCGCCGGGCGCCUCCGCCCCGUUAUCCUCUGUUCCGGGCUCGCCCGGGGCGCCACGUGACCGCGGAUCCGGCUGCGGUGGCUUCGCUCGGCUGCCCCGGCUCGCCCGCUUCCCGCCCGCCCGGCUGCAUGGGUCCCGCGCCCCGCUGCCAGCGCGCCGCCCCGGGCAGCAGUGGGCGCGGCGGGGCCCCGCGGCCGGCGUGCGCCAUGGACCUGUCGGUGGGGUACUUGGCCAGGGGCCGGACGCUGGUGACCAGACGUAUGAUGGCUCAACCAGAUUCAGAUCUAGAAGAGGAUGCUUUAAAGGAGGAUUUGAAGUUUUACUUCAUGAACCCAUGUGAAAAAUACAGAGCCAGAGGUCAAAUCCCUUGGAAACUGGGUUUGCAGAUACUAAAGAUAGUUAUGGUUACCACACAGCUUAUUCUUUUUGGUUUGAGUAACCAGCUGGUGGUUUCCUUCAAAGAGGAGAACACUAUUGCCUUUAAGCAUCUGUUUCUGAAAGGCUACUCAGGAGUUGAUGAAGAUGAUUAUAGUUGCAGUGUAUACACACAGCAGGAUGUUUAUGACAGCAUUUUUUUUGCUAUUAAUCAGUACCGCCAAUUAAAGACGAUAUCCCUGGGCACACUUGGUUACGAGCAAGAUGAAGACGAUGUGUCAGGUUUACAGAUCUGUAAACAACAGUACAAGAAAGGCACAAUGCUUCCUUCCAAUGAUUCGCUGAACAUAGACAUUGCCAUUGAAACAGACUGUAUUCACCUAGAGCCACAGAUGCUAGCCACUAAGAGAUCUGGUGAUUUGAAGAUGAUAAAUUCAUCAUUUUUCAACUUCGAAUUUUAUAGGCUUAUACAGGUUGAAAUCUCCUUUCAACUUAAAGGCAUUGAUCUACAAACAAUUCAUGCCAGAGAAUUGCCUGACUGCUACGCCUUUCAGAAUACUAUUACUUUCAACAACAGAGCCCACAGUGGUAAAGUAAAAAUUUAUUUUGAUAGUGAUGCUGAUAUUCAAGAAUGCAAAGACUGGCAUAUAUCUGGAUCUAUAGUUCAGAAAAACACUCAAUAUAUUUUGGUUUUUGAUGGAUUUGUCAUCGUAAGUUGCUUUGCUUCCCUUAUACUCUGCACACGAUCCAUUGUUCUUGCGCUGAAAUUGCAAAAAAGAUUUGUGAAUUUCUUCCUGGAAAAGUACAAACGUCAUGUCUGUCAUGCUGAUCGUCUGGAGUUUAUAAAUGGAUGGUAUGUCCUGGUGAUUAUCAGUGAUGUGAUGACAAUCAUUGGAUCUAUAAUGAAAAUGGAAAUAAAAGCCAAGAACCUCACAAGUUAUGAUGUUUGCAGCAUCUUACUUGGAACAUCGACUUUGUUUGUUUGGGUUGGAGUCAUCCGAUACUUAGGAUAUUUCCAGACAUACAAUGUGCUCAUUUUAACAAUGCAAGCAUCGUUGCCCAAAGUUCUAAGAUUUUGUUGUUGUGCUGGGAUGAUAUAUCUUGGCUAUACAUUCUGUGGCUGGAUUGUAUUAGGGCCUUAUCAUGAAAAGUUUGAAGAUCUGAACACAGUUGCUGAAUGUCUGUUUUCUUUGGUCAACGGUGAUGACAUGUUUGCAACAUUUGCUCAAAUCCAGCAGAAGAGCACCUUGGUGUGGCUGUUCAGUCGAUUAUAUCUGUAUUCCUUCAUUAGCCUAUUUAUAUACAUGAUCCUCAGCCUUUUUAUUGCACUCAUUACAGACUCUUAUGACACCAUAAAGAAAUACCAGCAAAACGGCUUUCCAGUAACAGAUCUUCAUGAAUUCCUUAAAGAAUGCAGUAGCACAGACUAUAGCAAAGAACCACAGGCUUCCAUGCCUUUCAUCUGCUGUUGUAGGAGACGAGGAAGUGAUGACAACUUGAUACUUAUUAACUGACAACCUACUGCUGAAAUUCACUGCUCAAGAAUGUUCAGAAGGAACAAACGGCUGUGGAAAAACAGCCCCCCAGAUUUCAAGAAGAUCUGUCAUUUGGGGCUAUUUCCUUGUAAACAUUAUGACCCUAUUUACUUCAAUAGUUUGGGGAGGCGAGCAGGGCAAAAAGCUGCUAAUGGUUGGUGGCAGCUGGCUGACCACAUUGGAAGUUCAAAAGCUACCUUUCUUUGGACUAGAAUGAUGAACUGAUGACCAUUCCCACUCUGUGUUCUACCGUCUGAGGCCUGAACCUGAGAGAUGCUGUCUGUGGGACCUGUCGUUUGCUCAGCACCUUCUUCAGAUCAGGCCCCAAACUAAUCUUCUGAUUCUUAAAUAUUUAUAUUAAGGAACAUAUUUAAAAAGGAAUAAACACACUUGUUUUUAAGUAGAAUGUUGAAUAUUGCAGUUAUUGGUAAGGGGUGUUUCAGGUCAUUCAUUUAAAGUGAUGUAUUGGAAAUGGAGAUUGUAAUUCCUAUUUGACAUAAAACAUGAUUCAGUUGCUUGAAAUAAAUUUGUGUAAUGCAGAGCUGUACAAAAAUGCAAAAUAAUUGUCUUCAUGUGCGUUAAAUUGAUUUAAAACUGUUAAGCCAUUUAUAUAUCGCUAAACUUGCCUACCAGAUCUUGUACAAAACAAAAGCAAUUUGUAGUUGCCCACUUCCUUUGUCUUCUGGCGGUGGGCUUACUCCAUUAUGUAAAAAAUCUUCAGUGUGUGUAAUAGGCACAUAGUAUAUUUGUUUGGGUACUUCAUCACAUUACUUAUUGGGAAAUAAGUCACAUAUGAUGUGAAUGUAAGCUUUCAGCACAGAUAUCACACAAGGGAUAACUUUUUAAUGAAAACUCACCUAAUUUCUGCCUAGUUUACCCUUCAAGUUUGACAUGGUAGUUCUAUACUGAAUAAAUCCCUUUUAAAAGUA